AUUAAAAUUAAGUGCACGUUUUGAUUCGUUGUUAUACUUGUAUGGGGAAAACUCUAAUUUAAGUUUUAUUUUGUCUAAUUUACCAUGAAAAGGGGCCAGAAAUUAAAAAUAAAAUAUUUAAUACAAAUCAAAAUUUACUUCGGUAUUUCAAUUGGAURGUCCAGUCUCCCGCACCUUUUUGUAUUUUUUGCCACAGCCAAGCAAUAAAUGGUUCAUCAGAAAAUUUGCUGAACGAUCAUAAUUGCCGUCAUCGACGCAUUAUCAUGCAUUCGACAGACAAAAAAAUACCACAGGUCACCGCAAGAGUCAUUCAUCGAGGCUUUACGAGACACAUAAACACAUGCACUCAUACAUAUCUCAAUGUAACAUAUGCAUGUACCUGCUUCUGGUUGUUGCACUGUUGUACUGUUGCGGUGCAUGACACUCUCUCUGACUUUGGUUUUGCCUUCUUUUCGUAAAAGAGCAUCCGUAUGCCUACUUAUUGCGGCCUUUUCAUUGGUUGGUUGGUUCUACUUGAUUUGUUGUUGUCCGGUGUUAAUGCUAUUAUCAUAGAAAASGAACACAUUUAUGUAACAAAAGCAACAUUGAGAGAAAACCGCCCGGUUUUCAAACAUUAGAUGUUGUGCUCUCUGUUGAAAACUAUAAAAGGCGCACACGGAGUCUCUGCAAAUCAUUCGAGUUCUAGAAAUYAACAACGUAGCAUACUCAUACUCUUACAAGCAAAGUGAAAAAUUUCAAAUACGUGAAUAGUGUGACAGCAAUUGUAUUGAAAAACAAAAAAAUAACCGACGCUUCUUCCCGGUUUGGAUUUUAGUUUCAAAAGAUAUUAAAUUAAAAAUAAAAUAAACGACAAUGCAUACAUACAGAUCAUAUGCAGCACAUGUGCACGAUAGCGUGAACCCAGAUCAGAAACCGUUAGUUGGCGAUUUGAUUGCCACACAAUACGUGAAAUCACAGACACCGCCGCCUUCACCAAACGGAUCUCACUCCAGUCCCGACACAUCACUAAACAGCAGUCGUAUGAGCGGCAAUGAUAUACCUACAGAUCCAUCGGUGCGGCGUUACCGUACCGCCUUCACACGCGAUCAAUUGACACGUCUCGAAAAGGAGUUCUUUAAAGAGAAUUAUGUUUCGCGUCCGCGACGWUGCGAGCUAGCUUCACAAUUGAAUCUGCCCGAAUCAACGAUUAAAGUUUGGUUCCAGAAYCGACGCAUGAAGGAUAAGCGCCAACGCAUUGCGGUCGCCUGGCCCUAUGCAGCCGUCUAUUCCGAUCCAGCCUUUGCCGCCUCUUUACUGCAAGCCGCCGCCAACAGUGUGGGCAUGCCAUAUCCACCGUAUGCCACACCAGCCGCCAAUCCAAUGUUAGCCGCUACCACCAUGCCAAUGCCCGGCCACUAUGCACCAUACCGUUACAAUCCAUACGCACCGAUGGCAGCACGCGCUGUGCCACCACCAACAAUGCAACAGCAUCACAGCGUCUCCGCACAUGCCUUGGCGGCCGCAGCCGUCUCAUCGGGUUAUCCCAACGUAUUGGGCGCCAUAGCACCACCACACCCUGCGUACGCCGGAUUCAAUAAUUUGCCACCGAAACAGCAGACACCACCACUCGAUUUGCAAUCAUCCGCAUCGUCGCACUCAUCUACGCUCUCGUUGAGCCCCACCGGUUCGGAUCACACCAAAGUUUUCGAACGCACACCGGYGACCGUUGCCAUCCCCAGCGCAACYGUAACCAGCAGCCGUAGCAACAGCAGCGCGGAAUUCAUUAGUGUCACACAUGAAAGCAACAACAACACUUUGAUUGCCACAAAUAUUAACGGGACUUUGUAUAACAGCGAAAAUAUUACCACCCCACUGCCAGCCACCAUCAAUGAACUGAAUCAUCAUCUAACCGCCACACAGUCGGUUGGCCUAUUGACGAGCCAAAAUAACGGUACAACAAGCGGUGCCACCAAACGUCACGCAUACACACCACCACAAACAGCUGUCUCAGAGCCGAAACCGAAGCUCUUUAAGCCCUACAAAACCGAGUCUUAAGCCUGCUUAAGUUUCAUGCUUUGGGGGGUGGGGCGUAGAGACAGACAAUGUUGUUGAUUGGUGAGCAGCCGACGGGCUUAAAACUAGUGGUGAGGAGUAUGGAAGCGGAGCAUAGUCUAAUAAUUAAACAAAUUAAGUGCUGUGAUAAACAAAUUUAUGUGUCUGUAUGUAUAUGUGCUACUAUUUGCGCUUAAUCUGGCAUUAAGUGUUGUUAGUUAUUUAAUUUCCGGUACGAAUUAGUGAUUUAAAGUAAUUAAGUAAUAGUGAUUACUGCAAAUUAAGUAUUUAAUAGUAGAAAAUCGGCAAAUCCAAGUACAGCGGACUGUGGUAGGAGAUCAUAAAUAAAAUAAUAAUACAGGAAAAUGUAAAAAGUUGUGUAAAAUAAUUUUAAGUAAAUGUAAUUAAUAUUAGAUAAUUAUAUAAUUUUAAAGUUAAGGCUCAACGAGAGCGUAUUUUAGUUAUGAGCGUGUAAAAAGAAGAAGAUAAAAAAUAAA